AUGCUUGCUGCAAUCACGCCCUUCUUUCUCUUCGUCGCGUUCCUCCUCCUGCUCCUCGUCUCGCUCUCUCUGCCAAUCAUCAAGAGCAUCUUCCUCUUCCGGCUGACUGCAAACGACACCGCUUCCUUCCUGCACGCCUCCGCCUCUGCCUCCGGUGAAGUCCGCUUCGGUGUGUGGGGUUAUUGCACGUCUGCGAUCACGGUGCAUCCUCAUCUAGGAUAUCAAUUCGACUCCAACGUGGCGAACGCUCUCCAUGUGAGCGGCUUCUCGGACACCAUCUCCCGCACUCUCAGCGCAGUCCUGGUGCUCCACCCCAUCGCGUGCGCGCUCGCCUUCGUCGCUCUUGUCACUUCCCUGUUCAUCACCACUCGGCGUUCACCGGGCACCGUCUCUCGUCCGGCUGCGUUGGCCACUCUGGUCAUUGCUCUCUUGGCGGCGGUGAUAACGACCGUCAUCUUCCUGCUGGAUGUCAUCUUUGUGGCGGUCGUCCGUAACAAGAUCAAUGAUGAGUCCGACGGCGUCUUGCAGUUGAACUGGGGGAAUGCAGUAUGGAUGGCCCUCGGCGCAACGAUUGCCCUGUGGGCCUCAGUCGUGAGCGACUGUGCAGGUCUCUGCGGCUUUGGCCGGCGCUAUAGCAGAAAGCGCGCCGACGGAAGAUACUGA